AUGGACCACAGUUCUUUGCUUUUGAGCUCCGAGGAAGGUGAAAGAACAGGAGGCCGCUCUGAACUGGAGAAACGACUUUUGCAGGCUUUGUGCCAGGUGCUUCUGCUUCAUGGAGGGGAGCUGCCGGUGUCCAUUGCCGGCGAUGAGCUUCGAAGGCGCUAUUCGCAGAUCUGGAAGGGCUGGAAGAGCAACGUGUCGGAUGCUAGCCUUCUUCGACUGUGUUCGGCUGCACGGCCGUAUGGCUUGUUCUUGGAGAAUUUGGAAUCUUUGGACGAGCAGGCAGCCAGCUCUGGCGAGCCAGUGGUACGAUUGCAACAAUCAGGGUUUUGCUCCUUCGUCCCACUCGAAAGCUAUGCGGACAGUCGACAAGAAUCCCCGGAAGACUCCAAAUUCUUGCUUUCUGCCUUGGUCUCUCGCUUCCAGCGACACCCCAGUGGCUCUCAAGGUGGUGCCGUGCCUGUAGCAUGGCUGACCAUCGCCCUGGAAAAGGAGCUGCUCCGGCACAUUCGCUUCUUCCCGCAGUACGAACAGGAUGCUGUUUCCGUCGUGCCCCAGCUCGGCGCUUUCUUGGUACAGACAUCUGCAGCCACGGCCACUUCACAUACGGCCAAGGCUGUAAGAAAGCAGUGCAUGGCAAACCGCCUCGUCGCUUUCGUGCUUCAAGGCACAGACUUCAUCUAUGAGCCCGCAGAGGCUGAGGAGCCGGCUGCCCGGCUCAUGCAGGGCCUGGUACGACGGACUUCGGAAGCUGCGAAAGAGUCUUUCGCACACGAAAAUUUCCAGGCGCAGGCUUCACCCCAGCCACGACCGCCACCUGCAACCUCGGUUGGUGAAGGGCGGCGGACAUGGCGACGUGCCAUGGCAGAGAUGCACAGGUCAACAAGCCAGCUGACGGAGACCUUAAAGCGCUUCGGCACCGACGAGAUUUGGGUCCUUUUCCUCCGAGCCCAGGGCUCCCGAAGCAAGGAAGCGGCACUCAUGGCUCUGGAAUUCGAGGUUGCAGCACUGCAUGCUGGAAUUCAGCCAUCAUGCUGGAGGGAAGUUGCACCCGGCUUGGUGGUGCUUGCCACAAGAGAGGGCUCUCUCGAGCAGUCCUUCCUGAGUGCUGCAGGCAGCCUGACCGCACUUCGAAGGCCGCCGGUCAGGCUUUGCAAGCAUGCAGCAUUCGCAAGCGCAGCGGAGCUUGCCGCAGCUGUUGGCGAGUUCCCGGCCUUGCAGGGAUGCAGUACUUGGUGGUUGGAGGUCCUGCUCCGUGAACCUCCAGUCGAUGCCUCGCUUCUGCCCUUGAAGACCUGCCAGGGAGCGGACAUGGCAUUGGACGUAGUUGCGGCCACCGGAUCUGACUUAGCCAGGAAGCUUCGACGACAGUCGUUGGCGGCAGGGCAUGUCCAGCUGGUGGCUUUCCAGGCCGGCAGCGCUUCGUAUCUGGUCGGCCAGGAGGUUGCAAUGGCGAAUGGCCGCUGCCUACCACCAUCGUGGCACCAGAUGUGGUCUGGUCGGAACUUCAAGUUUUCCGCAGGGCUUGAUUCUUGGGUGGCCAGCGCAGUCAUCUCCAUCGCUUUGCUGGAGUGCGAGAAGAGCGAGGGAUCCAGAGCUGCGCUUUCCCUGUUGGAUGCUUGCUGUGGAAGUGGUACGCUAGCUGCUGUUGCUGCAGCCUCGGGCAGGUUUGCCACUGUCAUUGCCAGCGACAUAAACUCUGACUUUGCCGAGCGUGCGCAGGAGAACUUCAGAUCGUGCAGCCUUGGAACAGAGAUCCGAGUGCUGAUUCACGAUGCGACGACCAGCUUUGCAGACUUGGUUGAAGAACCGGAUGUUGUGGUUGCUAACCCACCAUGGGGUUGGCGCAUCGGCUCUGGUUCUGACACCUCGCUGCAGAUCAUCCACAACGUGAUGCGUGAGUUUCCCGAGGCUGUCAUUGCCUUGAUUUGCCCGGAGCUCGUGCCGGAUCAGGACGUGCAGCAUGCAGGAUUCGAGCUCCGCUGGAGCUGCACUCUGGGCCAGAGUGCUGUAUGGAUCCUCUGCCCAGCACAUGCAAAAUGGGGCCGUACUUGGCUGCUUGGGGAGGAGAAGUCAGGAUGUCAUGUCUUCCAGUAUAAUAGGUUUCCGUCGUCACCUUGUCCGAGUGCUUGUACAUGCCGCUUGUCGACGUCGAAGCAACUUACCCCGGCAGCAAUGUGA